UCUCCGGCUGCACUCACCCCUAUAGGCUGGGGGCUGGAAAUUAAGCACCCCCAGCCCAUGGGCAGCAUUUAAAGCUCCCUGCAGCCCGGCUCUGCCAGACAGCUCGGAGCAGCUGGAGGGGACGCGUGGUAAGCAACCAGCUCGGUGCGGCUGCAGCAUCCUGCUGAGCAGGGAUGGGAUGGAGCCUGGGACGAUGCCCUGGGUAUGGGGUGCAGCAUGCGCAGGGCUGGGCGGGUGCAUACCCUGUUUGCCAGGAAAAGGAAACGGGGAGCGUUAAGGGAGCUGGGGGUCUGCAAGGCAGCUCGAGCCCACUGGAUGAGCCCUGCCUCGGUACAGUGAUGGAUGCUGCACCGAAUCUGGCCCUGCUGUGCUGGGAGCCGCCUGCUGGGUGACUCAGAGCCAGCACCGAGGUGUGGGCAGCUGUGAUGAGAGGUGAAACUGCUGCAGCCCUGUGCUGUGGGGAUUACAACAGAGAGAGGUUUUCCAUGCCCAGAGCUGGAGAACAGCGGUGCGAUGAGUCCGUGGGUGCACUGCACUGGGAAAGCCCUGCAGGGCUGCUCUGUGCUGUGACCCCUCCCCAUUGUGUGCUCCCAUGUAUGCUGACUUCUGAGUGGGAUGUGGGGCGAUGGGGGCACGGCAGAGCAGGGGGGGUCUGCGUGCCCCCAGCGAUGGCAGCGUUACGCCCCACAGCAGCGAGCUGGAGCCAACUCAGCACCUCCGGGUGCCGCCCUCUGCAGCUCUGCCCCAUGGCCACGGUGCAGCUGUGCCUGCUGCUCUCAGAGUGCGCCGUGCAGGCUGCGUAGAUAGGGGCCUGGGGGGGAGGAGGGAGAGCGUCUCUAUGGAGCCGGGCCAAGCCCUGUGCUGCAUUCUGUCUCUGCAGGACCCUGGGAUGAACGUCUCGGCGCCAGCCACGUGCGUGCCCAGCGACCCGGUGCAGUUCGUGCUGCUGCCCAUCGUGUACUGCCUGGUGCUGUGCGUGGGGCUGCCGGGCAACCUGGCGGCCCUGCUGGUCUUCCUGCAGCGUGGCAAGGUGCGCAAGGCCGUGCGCAUCUACCUCAUCAACCUGACGCUGGCCGACAUCCUCUUCAACCUCACGCUGCCCCUCUGGAUCCCCUAUUACCUGGCCGGUGGGGACUGGCUGCUGCCGGAGGCCGCGUGCCGCCUGGCCGGGGCCGCCUACUACCUGGCCACCUACAGCGCCGUCACCUUCAUGGCGCUCAUCAGCGUCAACCGGCUCUGCGCGGUGCGGGCGCUGCGGGCGCUGCCGCUGGCUGGGCGCCGUGGGGCGGCGAUGGCGUGCGGCCUGGCCUGGCUGCUGGGCCUGGGCUGCGCCGCGCCCGCCCUCACCGCCCGGCAAACCUCGCCGGCACGCGCCGGGGCCACGGCCUGCUUCGAGCAGCACGCGCGGCAGCGGGCCUACGCCUACGCCAUGGUGGCUUUCUUCGCCGUCGCCUUCCUGGUGGUGCUGGGCGCUUACACCUCCAUCGCCCGCUCGCUGUCCGCCGCCGCCGCCGUCGCCUCCCCGGGCUCGCACCGGCAGCAGGCCCGCGCCAUGGUGCUGGGGAUGCUGCUGGUGUUCGCGGUCUGCGUGGCCCCCUACCACCUGACGCUGGCCCCGUGGGUGGGCAGCCGGCCCCCCACGCCGCCCUGCGGGCCCCCGGCCGCCCUGGAUGUGCUGCACGCGCUGAGCGUGGCCCUGCUCAGCCUCAACAGCUGCCUCGACCCCCUCGUCUACUGCUUCUGCAUCCAACGCUUCCGCGCUGACCUGGGACGGACGCUGCGCUCGGCCGCCCGCUGCCUCCCGCUGACCCCACCGGCCCCCAGUGGGUCGGCUCCCGGCGGCCGCGCCACCUCCUUCGCCUCCUCGUAG